UUGGAGAGAGGAAGAACGAUAAUGGUAGUGGGGCUGGGAUAUGAGCGUAAGAGCCUAAGAGGACAAUUCACCUUUUGAAGCCAAUUGGACAAGAAGAAAGACAAAAUGAAAUCAUUUUAUCUGAUCUUUACAAUUGCCUUCAUUUUAUUUGGUUUCGCCUCCUCAUAUAAAUCUGGGGCACCCAAGGAAACUUGUGAGGACAUGACCCCACAGCACAAAGUACCACCACAGAAAAGCAGGUCUCCUUAUGUCAUCAGAUUGUCCAGAACGAAAAUUCAUGCUGGAGAGUCAGUCGACGUAACUAUUACGGGAAAGACAACCGAAACCUUCAAAGGAUUCUUAUUACAAGCCCGUCUUGGAUCGACACCAGUUGGAAAGUUCUCUACCAAAGGCAGCUCAAACCUGGUGAAAUUAACUGACUGUGGAUCUGGCUCUCAAAAUGCUGCCACUCAUGCUAGCCCUGAUGAUAAGAAAGAAGUUGUUCUCAGAUGGACAGCUCCACCGAAUCUCAAAGAAACAGUAGUUUUCUAUGCUACUGUUGCCAAGAAUGGAGGUGAAUUUUGGGUUUCUCAAAAAUCUCGAAAUCUGGUUGUCGUGUAGACUUGAAUUUUAUGAAGUUGUAUGAAUCCUCUUACUCUUACUUGCCAAAAUAAUUCCUGACCGUUUUAUAUUUUAUUUUCAUGAAAUGUUUACGCAUCUCUCAAUUUUAAAGAAUCCCCAUUUCACUAUAUUUAUACUUAAUUUUUUUUGUGCAAUAUAACAGGGACACAUUGUUUUUGGUAUUGAUAUUGUAUAAGGGGUAGAGAACGUAGAAAGUCAUACUAGAAGAUUUAGUGAAAAAUAAUAUUAAACAUGUAAUUUUAUGACCUUUUGAA